AUGAUGUCCUUCCACUCCAACCAGCUACUCCUCAUCCAACUGCACGCCACCAUCCACUACCGACGUGGCAAUGCUGCCACCACCACCGCCGCCGGCAACCCACCCAACCCCUUCCGCUCGCAUAAACUCCCUCCCGUGACCUUUACCGCCAACACCGCCAUCCCCUCCCCGUCCUACGACAGCGCCAUCACCGACGACCCCCUCAACUCGUUCGACUCCUUCAACCCCCGGAACGACACCCACAACCCCGGCCCGUACAACCGGCCCAGCCCACGUGCACCAAUCGACACCAGCACACCCCCCGACCUCUUCCUCCGCUCCAUCGACACGGCCUGCCUGACCCGCGUGCGCGCCAUGACACAGCACACGGCCUAUCGCUUUGACAGGCCGGUCAACUACGAGGUGGAGCGGGCGUUUGUGUGGGCUGGUGUGGCGGGUGGUGAUGAGUGGAUGGGGAUGGGGGCGGCGGGGUUGGGUGGUUUUGGGUUGGGGGAAGGGUCUGUCUCCGGGGGUGGGGCUGGGCAUGAGGCUGGUGGUGGUGGUGAUGGUGGUGAUGGUGCUGGCGCUGGUGGUGUUGGUGCUGGUGGUGUUGGUGCCGGGACGGCGAGCUUGUCGAUGAGGGGCUUGAGCAGCGCCGAGAUCACGCAGCAGGUGGAUAUGAUGCGACUGCGGGGGUAUCGCGACUGGGUGAGGGUGAAGAUGGAAGUGGAGAUUGAGCCGGGCAGGGAGCUGAGGAAGCGGGAGGCUGCCUGGCUUACCGGCGGGCGGGGGCAGAUGGGGACGUCCAGCCUUAGUGAGAGUGAAGAAGACCAGGUGUGA